AUAGAGUCCUACACAUCUGAUCCCUUGGUCUACCACGGUGGCAUGAAGGUGUCCUUCGUCAUCCAGCUGAUGAAUGCCAUUGCCAGAAUUGAGCGAGCUCUGCCCAAGCUGACGUUGCCCAUCCUGGUGCUACACGGCUUCAAGCUCUGCGACAUCAAAGGGUCCUAUUUCCUGAUGGAAACAGUGCAAAGUCAGGACAAAACGCUCAAGGUCUAUGAGGAAGCCUACCAUGCCCUCCACAAAGAGCUGCCCGAGGUCUCUACCUCUGUCUUCACAGAAAUACUGACAUGGAUCGGCCAGAAGGUGUCGGCCGCUGGGGAAGCCAGCCAGGCUUAA